CAACAGAACAGCACAGCACAGCACAUCACGCACCAUCUCCAUCUCCAUCUGCCUCUUCUUAUUCUUCUUCAAACUCUGUGUCUCUAUCUCUCUUUCUAUGGAGGCCCUCUCUUCCCAUCUCCAUCUCACUCCACGGCCACGCCAUUCUUGUCCAGUCAAAUGGUGCAGUAGUGGGUCGGUCUUACUAUUUCCACCGUGCCUAAAGACUCCAGCUAAGCAUAAUAAUAUGGGGAUCAUAAAGGCUUCUGUGGCUGUUGAGCAGCAGACCCAGAAGAACAUAACUGCACUCGUCAGGAUUGGCACCAGAGGAAGCCCACUAGCACUUGCUCAGGCUUAUGAGACAAGAGAUAAACUCAUGGCCACACAUUCAGAGCUUGCUGAAGAGGGGGCUAUACAAAUUGUUAUAAUAAAAACAACGGGUGAUAAAAUACUAAGUCAGCCACUUGCAGACAUAGGUGGGAAGGGCUUGUUCACUAAGGAAAUAGAUGAGGCACUCAUAAAUGGUGAAAUUGAUAUUGCCGUCCACUCAAUGAAAGAUGUCCCAACUUACUUACCCGAGAAGACAAUUCUACCUUGUAACCUUCCACGUGAGGAUGUUCGAGAUGCAUUUAUUUCCUUGAGUGCAGCUUCGCUUGCAGAGCUCCCAGCUGGUAGCACUGUUGGUACAGCGUCACUCAGAAGAAAGUCACAAUUACUCCAUAAAUAUGCAUCUCUUAAUGUGCUGGAAAAUUUUCGUGGUAAUGUCCAGACACGCUUGAGAAAACUAAAUGAGGGUGUAGUUCAAGCAACAUUAUUGGCAUUAGCUGGUCUUAAACGCUUAAAUAUGACGGAACAUGUGACUUCAAUUCUUUCAAUUGAUGAAAUGCUUCCAGCUGUUGCUCAAGGGGCAAUUGGAAUUGCCUGUAGAAGCAAUGAUGAUACAAUGGCUAAUUACAUAGCCUCAUUGAAUCAUGAGGAAACGAGACUAGCAGUUGCUUGUGAAAGGGCCUUUCUUUUGACCUUGGAUGGGUCUUGCCGCACUCCUAUUGCUGGAUAUGCUUACAAAGAUGAUGAUGGAAAUUGCAUAUUUAAGGGGUUGGUAGCUUCCCCAGAUGGAAUCCAUGUACUCGAAACUUCUAGAAAAGGCCUAUAUGCUCAGGAAGAUAUGGUUAUGAUGGGAAAGGAUGCUGGCAAGGAGCUUCUUUCACGGGCUGGUCCUGGCUUUUUUGGUUUUUAGAGUGGCUUAACUGUAGAUGAAGGAAAGAACAAAGGUGAUUGUUUCGAGGCUUCUUGUUCAACUUUAAGGUGAUCGCUUUUCCCAUGAGCUCAUUCAAUCCCGGAGCUAUUGUUUGUUGUAACAUUAAUAAGAAUAAUUGUUUGAUUCUUUGCUAGUUAGAAGACAAAUCACCCAUGCGGCAGUUUUAAAUGUAGUUAAACUCCAUCUUUUAUGGUUGAUCAAUGCUCACAGUGGUAGAUUUGCUGAGUUAA